UCCUAAAUACAAUGGCUCUGAUGUUUCUAAAUGCAAUGAUUCUGAUAUUUCUGAAUGCGAAGGUCCUGAUAGUCCUGAACAAGAUGGUCCCAAAUGCAUUAGUUUUGGAUGUGGUAGUUCUGAAUAUAAUUGUCUUGAAUGUAAUAAGUUUAUUUUUAAUGAAUCUUUUAAAGUUGACUAA